UGCGUGUCUCUGCUGCAGGCAACUGAAAUCAACAUCACAUUAUCAGUGCCGCUGGCCCAGAGUCGCGGACAGGUACGCCGAUGUUCGAAGGGGGGACCCCGUGUUACUGUGAAGUGUUUUGUGUUCAAGUGAGUGGACAGUGUUAAACCACGAAUGUGAAACGUUUGUUACUGAAUCCCGUAGCUCAGGUGUUUAGCCCGCAAAUUUCUUAUUUCCAAACACAAUUCUAAUACUAAUGGAAAUAACCCUAAGUCUCAUUCCUAGACACACGGACAAGGAAGCGAAAUUUAUAUUAUUUAUUUAUAUUUCUCUCAAGAUUUAUCGAUUAUCAUAUAAAUAAAUGAGAACACUCAUUCUGAUUGUUUUAAACACCAACAAAAAUGUGUCCCAUCAUAAAAAACACGUAUCUGAUUUAAAUCAGGCCUUUUAUCUUUGAUAUCAAUUAUUAACCUAUAAUUUUUUUCUGAAAUUACAUUUGUACGGAUGUUCAUUGUAGUCGGCUAACACUGCUUUCAAGCAUAAAUAAGCAUUGUUCAUAACAGCAACAACAAAAACUCUGGUGUUCACAAAAUUCUAAGCAAGAGACUAUUAAGAUUAAUUAUUUAUGAAAUAUUCACUCAUAUCGACUGCAUUAAAAUUAAUAUCAAUACUUACGUUUUCGUAAUUAAAAUAUAUUAAUACUAACAUUGAAAAUAUCGAACGAUUGUAACAAACAAGUAAAUUAUGAGAACUGUUAAGACACGUAUACAAAUUUCCAAUUAACAUGGACGGCUUGAAAGGGGAACAACAGAAAACAGAACAAGACGUACGCCUUCAACAACUGGCAAAUACAAAGAAACUUCAAUUACCUACUUCAGUACUUCAGCUGUCACCUUUCGGAAUGAAGGGAUAUUCCAUGCCAACAUUCCAAUCUCCAGCAGGUUCAGUGCCGAAAAUUUCCCACGAACAAACAACAAAACAUAAAAAUCCCGAAAUCCACAAACCAUUUACAUUACCAUCUAUACACCAGUCCUACCAACGCCCACAACAAAAUACUCCUCGUAUAUCAGAAUCGUCCAUAACCUCAACAGAAUCGAGUGGUGUGAAUUUGCCGCCGCUGUGUAACAAAUCGAUUAAGAGGCCGAUUAGUAAAUCGAACAGUAGUGAAUCGAGUAGUGACCGAAGUUUUAGUGACACCAACAACAACAACAGAAACGUCGGAGUGGCAGCCCUGCCUGUGGAGGUGACAGUGUCCUCUCGCGUCGAAGUUAGGAAGUUACUUCCAGACAACUUAUCGAAUUCGUCGAUGAAAAACGGGUCGACAACUUCUACCUGUUCACUGCCGUCGAUAGGAUCACGACAACCGCCUAGAAAGAAAUUGGAAGAAGUCUCAGGUUUCGUCGUUGUAACCAAACAAAAUUACUUGAAACCCAUUCGCAAAAAGCAGCAGAAUCAGCAACGAGAACAGGAACACGAUCCGGAAACAGAAAUGCUACAGACAGUGACCGGAGGCAUACAAAAAUGCGGUGGUACCUGGAGCGAAGGAAUAAACCAAUUUCGACAUAUCUGUGAUAAAAAAGAAAACAAACUUGGUCCGGUUGAUGAUGGAGAGGUCCAGAGGCAUCGUGCCGAAGGCAUGCGUCCGAAACUUCCGUCAAGUAUAUCUCGAGUGACCCAAGUUGCACGCCAGAUGAAUUCAGCUGAAGACAGAGACGACAUCAAAGACAUGCAGACCAUAACCGAAGACUGCGUCGAGGGACAAACCCAAGUGCCCUCAGGUCGUUGCAGGAACAACGCGGAUGGCUUCGGCAGUCAACGGCACUCUUCUGCGUUGGAGACACUUGACAAGAUCGAAGCUAUUGAAGGAUGGAUUAAGAUAUACGAGAGUGAAUUUUUUACUGAAAGAGACAAAGAAACGAGUAGAAAAAUAACAGUAACUCCGAUAAAGGAUGUAAUUCAACGCAACAAAACUGUGGCUGUAGAAGAAUCUGGACACUCAGCGAUAGUUUCAAACUCGAAUUCAGCUGAAAUUAAAACGUCUACGGAAUAUUUGGACAGAUAUGUGGAUGCGUUUGGAUCUCUCACACAAAAUGAGUGCGCAAGGAUUCCGGAAUGUUCUGGACAUCAUCCAAGAAUCGAAACGUCACAGAUGUCAGCCAACAUUAAACGCGGCCAACAAGACUUGAAUUCUCUCAAAUACUCUUCGGCUGAAUUGUUUGAGGAAAAGCGAUUUGACCAAAAUAAAUCACAGCCUCUAAAUCGUUCCUUACAAAAUAAUAACGCAAAUGAAGAAGAGUUUUCAAUUGAACCCAUCUGCAAAGCCGUGCAUGUGGUCCACCAACAACACGAGCAAAGCAAUUCCUUCUGUUUCAUGGCAAGACAGGAUUCAAAAAAACAUCCAACAAAAUCUGGGAACAGAGCAACUCUGGAGGAAAUAGAAUCUAUGAUUGAGCCCAAGGUUCAAGAGUUGUCAUCAAACAAAGAGGCGUCCUUGGAGAGAAAAUCAGGUAACACAGGAGCGAAAACUGAACCAAACAGAGCGGAUAUCCACAGGCUGAUACCAGAUAUUGUUCAAGUGAAAUUAGGUAUUGAAACUCAAUCUAAAAUAUUAGACAAAUUAGAUUUGAUGAUGAAACACAGUGAAAUCGCAGAACGGUGUGCUUACAAAGGAAGUGACACGGGGGCUGUAGUGGUUCCAAGUUAUGAAUACUCACUCAGCGGACAUAAAACACCAAAGAGGACCGAAAACAUCGAACAUUCUUCAUGUGGGCAUUUUAAUUUUCCCCCAAACACAUUUCAUUCGAAACCCUCAGUCGAUUCUGAAUCUUCAGGGAUUUUGGUGAUGAACAAAUCUCAAGGUCAGUGUAAUGUAAGCAGUGAGUGGGCAGACGUUCGAGUCUGCACGCCGAAGAGGCACGAAGUAAUCGCCGAUAGCCAGUCCAAAUCGCCCCAGCACGUGGCGAAGAAUCAAGAAUUUGGAUAUGGCACGUCGAAGGUACACCCGACAGACGACGCAGGGUUGCAGAGUCGAAACAUGCACCUCGAAACCAUAACUGUCGCAGCGACGGCCCCGGGUAUAUUUUCAACGCGUUACGCUCCGACGUGUAACUCGUCGGCGCCUUUACCCCUGAGCCCAUCCUCGUACAAUCUCUCUCACCGACCAGCUCUUCCUCGUUUCGUAAAUCACAAUUUCCCAGCAUAUAACUCUCCUGUACAUUCCCAAGAAAUGUCAAACAUGCCUCUAUCCUCUACAAGUGAUAUUAUCGUUGUGACCGACUCAGAAACGCUUCCUAACUAUUCCACAACCUUCCAUAACCACAAUAACCACAAUUACAUGAUCAGUCUCAUUCCAGUGUCCCCCAAAAUCGAAGCCCAUUCUCCAUACUCAGAAACAGUGCAGCAUCAACACGUGGAAGACACGAAGCAGGAAGUCAAAUUUGAAAACAGUGAACAUUACGCGUUUAUAAAUUUCCCUCCGAUGAGUGGCGUAGGGAAAAAUGAAUCCAGCGCGUUGGAUGGCAGCAAUGACGAUUUGCUGUCGUCGUCAGCGAACAAUGGAGACGACAUAACCUCACUUUCUAGGGGCACCGGAUGUGCGUAUGAAAGCGACGGACUCCUGACAAUAUCACCUCAGGUCUCUGACGACCAUCCUCAGAUGUUACCACCAAUCGGCUCUAUUUCAAAAAACCUCCACAUGCAGAAUGAGGUGCAUAUGAACUUUCUUAACAUGAGCAGUUCCUCUGUUAGCACCAGAAGGUCUUCGGCGAAAUCGACGACUGUCAGGGGAGGAACGCAAGCGAUGUCCUCGUCUCCUCUUGGGGAAGGCGUCGUGGAUCUCACCAGCCUCAUCAGGUGUUCGCCGACAAGUCUGAUGGCAUUUAGCAGCUCUUCGUGCUCGCAGGAAAAUGCACGACAAGGUGGUUAUGGUUGCUACGGACACUUGUCAGCCAGGGACUCUUGCAGCUCUCUAGCCACGCACGGCAACCAGCAGCUUCAGCGCGAGGAGGCGGUCGAAUGCGCCCUGGCCAUGCGCUCGCUGGAGCAGACAUUUUGCCCGCCUUACCACGACCUCUCGUCCAAUCAGAUUGUGUUGCCACAGCGGGACGGCGAAAUGCUGACUUCUAUGAUGGGCAAGGUCCCGGGUUCGUACUCCGAUCAAGCGAUAGUGACAUUGUGUGCACUCCGAGAUGACGUCACCACUUCAGAGGCUCCCACCUGCGCCUCUGAGAAACUGACGCCUCAGUCGUCAGACCCCUUCCUGGGACUUCUGAGAAACGAGGACUCCAGCCAGCAGCACACGAGCCCGGAGCAAACAGAGGACGACGAACCACAGGGUGGCAGUGUAUUGGAAUGUCGAUGGAUCGAUUGUUACGCGGUUUUUCCCGAUCAAGAAUCAUUGGUGCAUCAUAUCGAAAAAAGUCACGUUGAACUGAGGAAGGGUGAGGAUUUUUCGUGUUUUUGGCAGGGCUGUCCAAGAAGGUCACGGCCUUUCAACGCCCGCUACAAGCUGCUAAUCCACAUGAGGGUUCAUUCGGGCGAGAAACCCAACAAAUGUCCUUUCCAGGGGUGCACAAAAGCAUUCUCCAGGCUUGAAAACUUGAAGAUUCAUCAGAGAUCUCACACGGGAGAGAGACCGUACUCCUGCCAGUACUCCGGCUGCAAGAAAGCGUUUAGCAACAGCUCGGAUCGGGCGAAACACCAGCGCACUCACGUGGACACGAAGCCGUACGCCUGCCAGGUUCAGGGCUGCUCCAAGCGAUACACGGACCCCAGUUCGCUGAGGAAACAUGUCAAGAACCACUCGGCCAAGGAACAGGUGCAGAUACGAAAGAAGAUUCGGAGCGAAGACAGGGGUGUCCAGAUGGUACCUGAAACCCCACAGGCCACAGAUCACAUCAUAAAGCACGCGUCCUCUCCCGUCUCAAGAGAAGCUGCCGAUUCCACAAUGCUGGACCAGUCUUCAACGAAAAGAUAUCCAACAGGGGCGUCCUAUACUGACAAUCAACUCAACCACGGCGCGGAGUAUUCAUGCCUUAGCGUGCCACAGAGACCUCUAGCGGGUGACCUUGACUGCUUACAAACAAACGAACAGGAAUUUCUGGACCACGUUCUGACAGAGACUGAUGGAUUUCCUUCUACAUCCAGCCUUGAGGACGACAUCUUGGAGUACAUACCAUUCGAAUCGGUGAGAAGACUUCUGGGCGAACAUGUCGAAUAUAUCGAUUCCGCUCUCCAGGAGCAGCUGGAGCUGGAAUGUGACAUUGAACAGCAGUUCCUGGAACUGAGUCAUCUGGAGCGGUGUUCGCCGAGUCAACUGUCAGCCAUUUUCCAGCAAGAUCAAUCAUAACAAGAUGUCUGAAUACUACAAAAACAUUCGAAGACAUUACUUUCAAUAUUGUACUUCAAAGACACUCCAUAAUUCUGAAAACUGAACAGAUAUUUUAUAACUAAGAAAAUAAAUUCAAGUUUAAUAUUAUCCAAGCAGGUUUUUGUAUAGGUGUAACAUUUCUACAUUUUCAGGUUUUCGUUACGAAAUUUCUCGUCAUUUUUGUGUGAUUUUAAAACAAUUCGGACAUGGGAACAAAUUCAAGCAAAAUACGAGAUUCUGAUCAAAGGUUCUCGAGUUGUUAAAUGCGACAGACGGAUGGACAAACAGACAUGUCGAAGCUAUCAAACUCGUUUUUAGGAAUGCACCUGCAAAUAUUAUAUUUUUAUACUCGUAACUAAGUCAUUUGAAACAAUUUUACGACUCGUACUGAAACUCGUGUGUAGAGUUUUCCCACGUCAUUCAGAGAUUGGGGUAGAUAUAUUUUUUUUUAAGUAAUGAGCAUAAAAUGUU